AUGGCACUCGACCGGAAAGGAAGCCGUUCGUCCAGGCGGCUCCAAGGAGUGGCGCCAGAGCCCUUAUCCCCGCCGGAAUCUGAAAAAGGAGAUACACCCCGCGAUAUUCGACCUCCGAAAGCUAGGACUCAAAGAGUAUCAAGUCGAAACUUGACCGGCCUAGUAUCACCACCGCUGUCUGCCCAAGAACCCACACAGAAUGUGACUUCGUCCAGAAGUGUAGGCGCUACAGGCCGAGUGGCUACAAGAAAAAAGGCUUCAGUCGUUCAAGGAGAAGCUGUUUCUCUUGAAGAACCAGCUACAGCUGCAAAGUCAGCACCAGAGCUUAGAAGCAGCCCUAGAGUUUUUACUAGGCGAUCGACAAGGCUGUCAGAUAUAGGUUCUAUCGUCGAACCUACUCCUUCGAAUAUAGCGGCAGCAGGCCGAAAGAAGAUAGGGACUUUAAAAAUUCCGGGUGUUGAGGAAGGGAUAGCCUCUAAUAGCAAAGCAAAAAAGAUCCCGGCUUGCCUACCUCUACCUACACGAGGUGUCAUCACCAGGCGACGUGCUACAAACCCUUCGUGUAAUUCUAAUGGAGCACCGACUACUGGUGAGCUCAAAGAUAUUCGUCAAACUCGUUCCUCGAAACGGAAGGCAGAGCUCAUAGAAGACGCAGCUGAGCCGAUCCAUCCUCAAGACGAUCUUACUGUGGAGCAGACGCAAAAUCUGCGGCCAAAACGCCAAAGACCUAAGCUAGGCAUUGAAACUCCGGCAAAACCAAGUUUUGCAAAUACAUCCACUAAUCCAAAACUAGUGGAGGGAUCACUCGCGAACGAACCAAGCAGCGUAGCACCCCCUGAAAAGUUAUUCGAUCCAAAUUUUGAAAAAAGGAAGAUCACCGCUUGGAAAAAUUCGAAGAUUCCCCAAGCGAAAACAUUCGCUGCACCAGAGAAACCACCAGCGAUUGGGCAGCCGGCUGUUUGGUGUGAUACUCGUCAAGAGCUCUGUGAAAGUUUGCCAUCUUUUCGUUCAUACCAAGGUGGUUGCUAUGCUUCCAAAGGUUUCGGGAGAGGAUACCUACUUGAUGGGCAUGCAUCCGAGCGUGAUUACAUGGAUGGCAGUAUUAUUAUUUCCCACGCAGGCGGAAAUAGCGAAGAAGUUGAAGGUGAAAGACGUUUAGUCCGUGACCAGACUUGGGAUAAAGGUGUUAUUGCCUACCUCCGGAAUAACUGCGAGCAAAUGGUACCGUUGAUCGCCAUUAUUGGUGAGCGUUGUCCAACUGCCCCAGCGCAGCUGAAACACCGGUACGCAGUCAUGGAUUGGUUCAAAGUUACACAUUGUUGGCCGGAGAGGGACAGUAAGUCCGGUAAUAUUCGAUGCAAGUUCCGCCUUGAGAAGUUGGACUCUUCGAAACCAGGGUGGUGGGCAGCCGCAGAUACGCCACGGACUUCCGAAGAUAUAGCGAUCGAGUACAUCAAUUGUCCAACCUGUCGACAAAAUAGUCCGUGGAUAUAUGACAAUGAACCCAUGUGUCUAAAUAAAGACUGCAAAAGAUUCUGGACGGUGCAUUGUGGGCGAGGGGGCAAGGCGCCUCAGCAUUUCAUAUAUAGAAAAUCUUUUCUCCACGGCCGAACUGCAUGGCCAGAUGCAGCAACAACUCCUCCCGGCCCGCUUGGUCCAAGUCUUCCAAUCGAAGACGAAAUAACUGAAAGCCACGGACGCGAUGUCAAGCGAAAAUUCUGGAAAGGAAUGUGGUGUCAAAACUGCGGUAAAUUGAAUUGUCGAGAACUCUGGAAAAGCUGGAAAUGUACCAACUGCAACUGGGAGGUUACACCCAAAAGAUCGCAUUUUGUGCCGGCAGAUCUUUCAGAUCAACACAGACCCGAAUACACCGGUCCACCCAUCCCAGAGAAUGUCGUUGAUGCUUCAAUUAAAUCGAGUUCUAUGGUUCUUCCAGAUGGAAGGAGAGCAAUGGUUUACGAUGUUUUCCAGUGCGGAAGAGUCAUUCAUAUAUUAGCGAACAAGACUUGGAAUGCGCUACCAAGGGGGGCAGAUUGGCUAUUAGAUCAGUAUCAAGACGUCGAAAUACCGUUCAAACGGCAUGAACUGAAGACGCAUAAACUCACGGGGAGACUUUUGACCCAGCAGUUCUCCUUUAACUCUGGCGCUCCGUACAAAUACAUUGUCGAAGUCGAUAGUCUAUCAUUCGAAGAAUCACCGCAGGUGGUACGACAGGCGUUGGAUACCCUCCAGACGGAUGUUACACGCAUGAUCCCAGGGGCUAUGCUUAUGAAUGAGGUCCUCAACGUCGCCUACUUUGAAGAGCAAAAGAUGGACUUCCACGAUGACGGUGAAGAGGAUCUUGGUCCAUGUGUCUCAUCUAUCUCAUUGGGAUCUCCUGCGAUGAUGUACUUCCGCGUUAAAGCCAAGUACUGUAAUGGAAUACUCUCAGAUGCAGAUAAAACACUCCUUCAGCCUUCUAACCCCUCACACUCCGGCUCACAAACCCCUGAAGAAUCUAAAAGACCCUCUAAACGAAAUGUCCUAGAGCUCCGUCUUCAUCAUGGUGAUGUGAUCAUCAUGAACGGGCGUCCAAUUCAGAGAUUGCUGGAGCACGCAGUUACUCCGGAGGGAUUCAGGAUUGCCGCCACCGCCCGUAAUAUUAGUUCUUAUAAUGCCGUAUUGAACUCAAAAAAUCUCAAGUCAAAGAGGGGGAGAGAAAAUAAGAAUAUAUUAACGACUGGACCCGAUCAUGAUCUCGAGGCACAUAAUGAAGAAGAGGAGCUCCCAGUUUUGGAUAGCCAAGCCGACUCUAACUCUAGUCUGAGUAGUAUUGAGGGUGCAGUAUUGGCGCAGUUGGUAGAAGCUGCUGAAGAGGCCCAAGAGGGAGAGUGGAAGAAAGAUACUCAAGCCUCUCUUCAUGAACUAAUAGAGACCCAAGCGUCAGGAAAUCAUCGAGUACAGACCAACGGCCAUAGCUUAAGUCACUUGUCCACGCCCCAAUAUCAGGUGGCAACAGGAACAGGCUAUGGGGGAAAUUUUGGUUUUCAUGGUAAUCGAUUAGCGAUGCCGCCAGUCCGUGGAGAUAGUUCCCCAUCUAUUCUCGCCCCAUCGCCUACUUCUGCAUUGAGUACGCCCGAUUUCAGAUACUACAAUAUAAACGCCGCCUCGGCCACACCGGCUGGAUCCACCUCAGGACCUUACAAUGCUUACGGCAGCUCAAAUGCACAGGAGGAGCCAAUUUCACCUUUGACAAUCAGUAAUCCAAGAGUCGGGAACUACCUGUUUGAAAGCACUCCAAGGGAAUCCCUUAGGGCAAGACUAAACACUUUAGCUGACCCGAGAACCAUGAUGGGGCCUAUAGUCGGAAUGGAGCAUUAUCGAACAAUGGAGUCUGCCAAGACAACAGAAACAAGCUUGCAUCGACUAUAUACGGGCUCUGGGUUAGCUGGAUACGAGGAAAGGGGGGUGCCAAUCCAAUCGUUGGGAUCAGUAUCCAACUGGAAUCGAUACGGAGGACAACCUACGAGAAUGACGGAGGGAAGCGAGUAUAGCGAGCUGCCAGGAUGGAGCAAUGAGCAGUUCAAGAAGCUCCAAAAUAUAUUUUUAUCCGGCGCCGAUACCUCUGACGAAAGAAUGGGCGGGAUGUAA